AUCAAAUUGAAACUAACCUACGACGCCACAAAACAAACUCACACAGCCAAAAUUUUUAAGCAGUGGCUGAAGAGAGAGAGAGUCGUCUUCUUCCCGCGUCACCGGCUGAGGAGAGAGAAAGUGAGAGGUCAUAAAAAUGGUGGCGUCGUCGUCGGUGGUUGCAGUAUAUCCAUUAUCAAGCUACACUUUUGGCACCAAAGAACCUAAGCUUGAAAAAGACACUUCUGUUGCCGAUCGUCUUGCUCGUAUGAAAGUCAAUUACUUUAAAGAAGGCAUGAGGACCAGCGUGGAAGGAAUUUUACUAGUCCAAGAACAUAAUCAUCCACACAUUCUUCUGCUACAAAUUGGAAACACUUUCUGCAAACUUCCUGGUGGUCGUCUGAAGCCUGGCGAAAAUGAAAUUGAUGGGUUGAAGAGAAAGCUGUCCAGCAAACUUGGUGCUAAUUCGACUGCUCAUCAACCUAAUUGGCAGAUUGGUGAGUGUGUUGCUAACUGGUGGAGGCCAAAUUUCGAAACAGUGAUGUACCCCUAUUGUCCUCCCCACAUCACAAAACCCAAGGAAUGUAAAAAGCUUUUCAUGGUUCACUUGCCAGAGCGAGAGUACUUUGCUGUACCAAAGAAUCUCAAGUUGUUGGCUGUUCCCCUCUUUGAACUUUAUGACAAUGUCCAGAGAUAUGGACCUGUGAUCUCCACAAUACCUCAGCAGUUGUCAAGAUUCCAAUUCAACAUGAUCUCUCCUUGAUUUUACUAAUCUAUGGAUUCACUAAUGAUCAAUUUGGAUGGGUAGCAGGUGUUGUUAUAUUGGUGCUUGUCUCGAUUUUGGGUUAGCAGCAGAUUCAUUAUGAUGCGUUUCUGAGGUCAUCUUAUGAGUAACUUCUCCCUAAUAGAAUUGAGGUUAUAUUGUCCUCAUAGGGUUUAAUAUUUGGUGUCUAGUUUAGAUAUUUGAGGUACUUGAUUAUAUUCUGCCUUAAAGUUGUUCUCUAUUAACAUUGGACAUAUCAUUUGUUUUUCAUCUUUUUUUUUUGGUUAAGACGAGAGAAAUUAAAGAUCAGGAUUUGGCAACAGGGUUGUUUAUACUUGUCAGCUGAUAGGAUGGUAGGUUCGGUUAUUCAUUAAUGGAUCUCAAACCAGCUAUAAGCUUUUCACGCCGUUUGCUUUUUGUUU